AAAUGUAUGGAUUCGAUUUUGCUAUUUGUUGAAGGUAUUUAUGAUCGGUCGAAAUACAUCGUCGAAAAGAUUAAACGGUUACAGUCUACGCUUAUCUAACAACCGUAAUGCGCUGUAACAACAACCACUAAAGAAAAACUAAAUUCCGUGUCAAUUACAUUUUAAAUGUUAUUUAAAAGAGCUGCCAUGAGAAGAUUGUCCUUCUACUUAAUUGACAGGAAAUGAACAUAAUUGGAUCGAUCAUUAUCAUAACAAAGCUUUCUUCGGCUCUGAAGAUGAUUGAGCAUAUCUGGACAAUUCGGGAGAUGAGUUACAGCAGCGUACUGGGAGGCUCACUGACGGUGCAAUAUCGAGUAUUGGGAACGUUUACAACAUAAUAGACAACAUUAGUCCGAUCCACUUUUGACAUCAUUAUCUGUGUAGUCGAGUGACGAUAACCUGCGAGCGUAGUGCGUUCGACGCUCCCGCCCCGCCUCGCGGCAGUCGCGCGCGUCCUCGCCUGCCGUUCAGUCGUGCCACACCGUCAGCGCAUGCCUGCUCUUCCAAGCUCUCAAGGGUGCGCGGGGAACUCGGUUUUGGCGGGUUUUCGGACGUGAUGCGCCUUGCACCCCCCUGCGGGAUGCGCACGUGUUGCCGAUGCGCGCUCUUGUAUGUGCCGGCGCCCCGUCACAGUAAAAUCUGUGGCGUGAACUGUCAGUGAUCACUUGGAUUGCAGUGUUGGAUUGUAGGAUCGGAAUUGGACGCGGUCGCCUUCGCGGCUUUUUUACUUGUUAAUUGCGAAUAUUGACGAUUGGCAAAACUUUAUCCCCGUCGAAAAUGUUCGUUCGCGGAGUUGAUUGAAACUCUGUAACUAAUUUGAAUAUUGUUUAAGUGAAGUGCGCAGUGUUUUUGUGUUGUUGAGUUAUUGUUGUGUUUGACAAGACGUUACCACCGAGAUUGCUGGUAUGCAUAUGUGCUAUGAGAGGCCCGGCUUGGUCUCCGCCCUGAACGGCGCUGUUGGGUACGACAAGUGGGACCGAGACCGGGACCGCGGCGGGGGCGGCGCCGGCGCGCCCGCGUGGCCUGGCCGCGACCGCGAGCGCGACCGGGAGCGCGAGCGGCAGGCGCGCGCGCACCAGAUGUCGCAGGCGCACGCCGCCGAGCCGGACGCCACCGCGUCGCUCUUCCAGGCUCCCUCCAGGGUAACGGGCAACAAGGAUCGCCAAAGCCAGCAGAUCCAGACGAAGCUCGGCGACUACCAAAUUGCGCAGGCGUUGAUCGACGAUCCUAGCAAAUCGAUCGGCAUCUGCGCAGAGCCACCUAGCCCGGCGCCAUGCCAUCCGUCGCGAAGGGAGAGCGAGUUCAAGAAGCCAUCGCAUGCGCCGCAAAACGGGCGUGUGCACCACCGACCCUACGUUCACAGCAAGAGCGAUGGGUCAGUCUUAUCGGCGCCGCCUACGCAUCGACCGCCGCCCCUAAAAAUCAACGGCAUCCAAUCACAAAGUGCAAUUGACAGCUGUCAGCCGCCUAUAGAAAGUAUAUUGAAGGAAAUGAAGUCCCUACCGCAGCCGCUGUCAGUCAUCGCCGCUACACCCCGCAAGGAGCUCGAGAACAAGUUCAUCUUCGACCCCUUUACGAAUAAGGUUCAAGAAAACCCCCAACUAAUCAACAACGAUCUCAAAACACCUCUCCCUAAACCCGGUAUAGACAACCGGAUAUCACACUCAAGAAGUGUAACGCCACCAUGUGACGGGUUGAACAAGGACCUUGGGUUAUCGGAGAGCGAUGACGAGGUCGCAGCCAGCGCCUUACACCAUACCACCAGCAGUACUGCGCUAGAACUAGAACCCAUCCUAUCACCAAUCGUCUCCGGCGGAAGCCCGUCCUCGGCCAGUGAGUCCUCCGACUCCGAAUCCGAGUCGUCCUCGGCCGAGUCCAGCGGCCCUCCGCCUCGAGAGACCAGAGAACCUAGAGAGACCAGAGAGCCUAGAGAAACUAGAGAGCCUGCAGCGGUGUCGGCGCGUCUAAGUUCCGCGGCGGAGUCGCAACCGGUGCAGCGGCCGUCGUGGUCGCUGUCCAACUUCGCGCCGCCGACCGCGCCGCUGCCCGAGCCCUAUGAUACAGGGAAAGAGUUGAGGCAUGCGCUCGCGGAUAUCAAGGGGAAGCCGAGUCCUAUCUCGGACCUAUCCGACUCGGAGGCGUCGUCGCCAUCGCCGGGUCAGAGGCGGAGACGGUCGUCAAAACUGACCGUGUCCAGCGACGAUGACUCGCCAAGGCCUACAAAUACGCCUUCCCCCCGCGUCGCGGCCGCCGCGGCGGUGAAGCGCGGGCGGCCGCCCAAGCCGCGGGCCGAGUCGCGCGAGCGGCCCGCCAAGAAGAAGCGCGGCCGCCCGCCCAAGCUGCGCCCCGCCUCGCCGCCGCCCAGCCCGCGCGAGCCCGACUCCGAGCCCGAGCCCGCGCCCGCGCCCGCCGCCGCGCCCGCUCCCGCUCCCGCUCCGCACCCCGUGCUGCAGGAUACGAAGACGCAUAUCUUUCGCAAGGUUUUCACUCCCAAGAAGGGUGACGAAUGUGGCGGGAAAGGUGGCAAAGGUGGUAAAGGAAAAGGCGGCAAGGGUAAAGGCCAGGUCACUAUAAUAGAAGUGGCGGCCGAAUCCGGAGCUGAUGACGAUGAGAGGAGGCACCGAGAGCGCUCGGCGGAGAGGCGGAACGAGGAGGCCCUCGCCAGGGUCUCACCUCCUCAGGAGCCCGAGACUUUGACCAGGAAACGAGAGGCCGAAAGGGUCGCCAAUGAACGGAUACAAGAAAGAGUGUCCCUCGAGCGGCCCGAAAGGGACCGCCCUGAGCGGACGAACGACCGAAUAUCAGAUCGCCUCCCCAUACCCUCCGCACCUUCCGACAGAAUACCGGAUCGGACGUCCACCGACCGGUUAUCCUCUGAGCGAGCCGACCGUUUACACGACCGGUACAGCUCUGAGCGCCUAUUAACCCCCAGCCGGCAUUCGAGAGAACGGAUAUCAUCAGAGCGGUCGGAUAAGAUGGAGAAAACAUCCCUCGACCGUCUCUCGGGGGAUAGGAUGGAUCGUCUGUCCGGGGACAAGAUGGAUCGCCUAUCGGGAGACAAAAUGGAUCGCCUAUCGGGGGACAAAAUGGAUCGCCUAUCGGGAGACAAAAUGGAUCGCCUAUCGGUGGAGAAAAUGGAUCGCCUGUCGGGGGAUAAGCUGGACAGGUUGUCGGGCGAGAAGUUGGGCAUGGAGAGGCUCGACCGGAUGCCGGACAGAUUCGUUCGCGCCGAGGCUGACGUCGGGUCCGGGUUGAAAGGCCGAGGCUCGGAGAGACUAGAAGAGGCUUCUUCAAUAGUGCCGCGACGCGCGCGCCUGCCGGUGCGAGUGCCGCUCGAACGGCUGCGCGCGGAGACGGUGCGCAGCCUGCUGGCCGCGCCGCCGCGCCGCGCCGCCAAGCGGCCCGCCACGCCGCCGCCGCACCAGGCGGGAGAGGUUGCCGCGACCAACCACGAGCGGACGGCAGGCCAGACGCCCAUCUACUACUCGUACUUCGAGCGUCUGCCCGCGGACGUGCUCUCUGACGAGGAACGCGACCACAAAUAUUACCUAGACCAAGCGAAACAGCUGAAAUGUGAAGCGGAACGCGAACAGAAAGCGUUACCCCGCGUCAUGUUGUAUCUCGAGUCAGUACUGUGCUUCGUUUUAACCGGCCGAGUGCUCGAGUUAGAACUUGACACUAAACGCGCCUUCACCAUAUACCGGGAGACUAUAGAGUACAUCAAGAGCAUACACUCCAUGCCUCAGCGGUUCAGGGCGUCGCCGCAUUCGACGUUCAACAAGCUUGAUAUAUUGAGCUUACGUGUGCAAGCUUUGCUGUACUUGCGCAUGUUCAAAAUGUACAACCGGGAGGUGAAAGAGUAUUACAGGAUAGUGCAAGACUACCAGCAAAAGGUAAAUGAUCCGGCGUGCGCGGAGUCGGUGUCGCCGCUGUCGCCGACGCCGUCGCCGGGCGGCUCGGUGGGCUCGGUGGGCUCGGUGGCCUCCGCGGCCUCGGCCUCGUCCGGCUACUGCAGCAUGGCGCACUCCGUGCCCGCGCAGGCGCACAACGCGCUGCUGCAGCUCACCAAGUACUACACGUUCCUGUACGUGGCGCACGACCUGUGGGAGCAGGCCGACAACCUGUGCCGGCUGCGCGCUAAUCAGGACCUAUUCAUAGCGGUGGACCGCAAAUGCGGCCCUCUGACCCUAUUCUCCACGUUCCGGCAUCUCGUACAAUAUGUGCGCUACGCCAUCUCCCUCAUCAAGAACGCGGCGCGCGAGUGACCGUCGCCCGGCGCGUUGGAGGCCGCGGAGGCCGGGGAGGCCGGGCAGGCCGGGGAGGCCGGCCCGCCCGGCCCCGUCCGGCCUGCGGACCCGAGCAGGCGACUGUUCCAGAAGCCUUUUGGCAAUGUCACGGCGAAAAAUGCGCAGCGGUAUUAGUGAAAAAAACUAAUAUGGUAUUGGUAGAAACGAUACGUUAUGUUUAGUGGUACGUUUACAGCUAAAAUGUGUUCAUGACCGAUUGACAAAUUUCUUUGUUUCACUGUUGAAGGCCAGAGCGCACCGGCUGUGUGUGCGUAUUCAGACGUGCACGCGCGCGUGUGCUAAAAUGUUGCAACCAGUGCACGCAUACGUAAGGAUCUGUAAAAUACAACGCGCACGUGUAUUCACGCACACUCAUCCGUUGUACACAGGCCCGUUAUGAUAGCGUAUCUUCGCUUUUAGCAAAGAGAAUUUGAAAUAGAGGUGGAUUGUCAAAGAAAACUUUGUAGCCCCAAUAAAUUUACUGCCAUCUUUCGAAACAUGAUUAAAACUUUUAGAAUGCCAUUUGACCUUGAUCCUUAUUCUUUCACUGAUAUGUGUUAAAUUUGUUAAAUAUCAAAAAGUGGCGCCAUCUAAUAGAUCACCUUUAGGUUGUGCCCGGUAUGAUGGCGCCUAUUUUCGAUAUUUAACAAAUUUAACACAUAUCAGUGAAAGAAUAAGGAUCAAAAUCAAAUGGCGUUCUAAAAGCUUUAAUCAUGUGUCGAAAGAUGGCAGUAAAUUUACGUGGCUACAAAGUUUUCUUUGAGAAUACACAUCUAUUUCAAUUUCUCUUUGCUUUUAGUAUCAAUGGAGUACGGUCAGUUUAUGCAUUAUAGGAAAUUUUGGAUACACUGUGGUCAAUUUUUUGGUAAACCAUUAAGUGUAAUUGUACAUUUUUAAGUAGGCCGACUGUACUACAAGCAAUCAAGUAUUUUUACCAAUAUCGCUGUUCCAUCGCGGUAAAAUUCAGUCACAUUGUGAGCUUUCGUUUUGGGAUAUCGUUUUUCAGAUUCUUUUCUAAAAGCAAUUCUAAUAGAUACUAAUUAUUUAAUACGAACUUAAUGAAAAAUACCUAAUGAAAACUUUUCAUAAUUAUAUUAUUUAUUCCAUAUAUCUAGUUAAUAUUUAAUUUAUUUAUUUUAAAUUAAGUUUAUUUAUUUUGAAAUCAGAAUUUAAUCUCAAGGAAUCUUGUUUUCUUGAAUAUAAAUUUGCCUAUAGAAAGGGCUAAUCUGAAAGCCAAUAUACCUAACGUUCCAAAACCGUUUGGAGUAUGCCGUCAAUAGAGUACGUUGGCUUCAAUUAAUUUGCCUUCGGAAAUAUAGUUGUAUAUUGUCGCCUCGGGUACAUGUGUAGGGAACGCCCGGAAAUCGUUAUUAAGUAUUGACUUCGCAUGUCCUACAAGAUGACCAAAAAUGUACAGACAACCGCGGUUGCCUAGCAACGACCCCUGGUUACAAAACCGAAUGUAAGUUUAAGUGAUAGAGUAAUCAUAUCGUAAGUGUUUUUCGUUGUAGUACCUACCCUAUCAGAAAGAUGUACCGUCGGGAACACAUAUACGAAUUCUUUUAGUUCGGGUGUUAUACGAAAAUAUUUAGAGUGUGGGCCAAUCGAGUUAUUAUCUCACUAUGCAUGGGAUCACUUCUCUUGUAGUUUUUCGCAAUAAUUUUACUGAUUUUUAUUCGCGUAUACUUUCGCUUGUUACUCUGUGAGUGUGUUAGAAUGAGAGCUUUAAACUAAUUCGUACUUUAAGUGGUUCGGUUAGGGUUGAUUAUGGAGCGGACGGCGUAACGUUGUUUUGUAAUCACAAAUAAUAUUGGUGAUUUUUUUCGAUCACAUUAGAACAUAAAAUCAUUUUUACAAAUCACGAUAAGAAAACAUCUGGAUGUACGGACAAAAGCAUACUCGUGAAAUGUUUACAAUAAAUAAAUGAAACACGCAUAAAAUUGUGUCAUAUGUGAUGGACGUUCUCUUAUCAGGAAUUAUGAGAGUAAACCGUUCAUAAGGUACAGCUAGAAUACAGCGAUCAAUAUUUUAAGUUAUGUGAAACUGUUCCUACAUAUUCAGUAGUGGCAGAACAAUUAUUGAGCAAAAAUAGAUUUUCGUGUAUCAAUAUGUGGAUCAUAUUUUCGUAUAUACAUAUCAAGUAGCUCGGUGACAAUCACGUGGUUCGUGGUUAAAGUAAAGCAGGAUGUAUCUAGUGACUUCAGUAGCAGGAUUCAGUAAAGAAUGUUUGGAGUGACAAUAAUACUCUGGUUAGGGAGGUAGAGUAAAUUCCGAAAAUUUUGAUCCAUCCGACUCAGAUCAAAUAAAUCUAAAUCGUAGCUUGAACCGACAAAGUAUGCUAAAUAUUUUUUUAAACUUCACUUUUGAAUGGUACAAGUAAAACCGUGAAAACCGCUUUUGGCAGACCGAAAGCAUCAUGUGGCGAAAUUAACAUUGAUCGAUCAAUGAAAUUGUAAACUAGGCUAUACUGUGAGUAUAAAUAGUGAAUAUUACUUUGAAACAACAAGCCGUAACACCAAUUAUAUUUCUCUCGGUUGUUUAUUAAAAUUUAUGUUGUGAUUGUACAUACAUAAUAAUGAUUAUAUUAUACAUUUUGUAAUGGAUAUACAUGUUAGUGCCAGAUAGGUUUUUGUACGGUCGUUUAGAGCGCGCGGCGCGGAGCGGGACGUCGAGUGUUGCUAGAGAAUGACAAGACGAUGCCUUGUACAUAGUUAACGUAAGAAAUGUGUAGUUUUCAUUUAUGUUUUAAUUUAUAUGUAAACUAUAUUUAUAUUUAAGGCGGACAAGGAGAUAUAAACAAUUAAACAUAAUAAAAUUUGAUUAGGGAUCUAUACGAAAUUGUUUGCGCGCGUGAGCCUAGCGUGUGAGCGGUUUUUUUUACAAUAAGACAAUUUGUAUAUUUUUAAAAGUGGAUAUUGUAAAUGUAUGUAGAGAGCUUGCAGCGUUCGGUUCGUAGAGGAUAGCUAGGUUAGGUCCGUCAGUUACCCGCUGGUCGCCUCAGCCCGACCUACCUGCUAUUAUCAUUUCCAAGUAUUGGUACUUACUAUCCGCACAAAUAACUGUAUAUUUAAGUUGGUUAUUUAUUUAUUGUGGCAUUGUAUAGUUAAUUUUGUUGCACACUAAGCGAAGUUUACUUAAUUGCAAUAAUUGUGAGGCAAAUUAACUUUAAUAAGCAAUGAAAUAACGUUAAAGUGCCUUGCGAAACUGCGGUUUUUCCCGUGACCUGAGUAUGCACAAAGCGGUCAUUUGGCGUCUCUAUUUAAGUAAUCGUAUGUAUUAGAGAUUCCGCCAAAAAACGUGCAAAUCACAAAUGCAUCUCCUUUGGAAACUCGCAAAUUAUGUACUUGGUUUUUUGUUAUCGUUCUUAGUUCUAAUUUUUUUUUUGCGUUACGCGGUGUAUAAUUUUCUGUUGUUUUUUAUGUUGCUUAUUUAAUUUUAGGCUGAUAGGUAAUUCCUCUUAUGAAUAGUAAUGAAAUGAUAGUGACAAAUUAUGGUUGACUUGCCCUGACUUGCAUUUUUGACGUGCAUGCAUGACAUGGUGAAUCUUAAAAUAUUAGGUAUCAAAGACGAGAACUAUACAUAAUUUAAGAGAAAAUGUGGAUGGCAUAAUAAAUUAAAAAUAUUAUAUUCGUAUGCAAUGCAAAAGUGCAUGCAUACGUAUAUCAUCAUCACAUAAUUUUUUUUAAUUGCAUUUUUUUCUACUUAAGACAGUUGGCCAAUUUCAUUUAUUUUUGAAGUCAUUUGAGCAACAUGUCGCUUUUAAACAUCAGUAAUUCAGUACAUAAUAUACCUUCCUUUUUGUAAUAUCUGACAGCCACUAUUGACGCCAAAAUUGUUCUCAUUUAAAAAAAAUAUAAGUAGAUGGACUCGGACGCUGCGCUGAUAAGCGUAAGCCGAUUGGUUUUUAGGAAAUUGUAAAAUACUGUUUUCUUUUAUUAUAGCAAUCUUGUGUUGAUAGCAUGUAUAAUUUGUUUUUUUUUAUUCGCGUUAAGAAUAUGUAUAAAUUUGUUUUCUCUUAAUAUUAUUAUUUGUGUAACUGUACCUUAUGUUAUUGAUGAAUUAGAAUACAUUAAUUUUUAUGUAUGA